CUCCAAAAGCAAGUGCGACCCAAACCUCUCAUUAGCACAUAUUAAUACAGCUUUGACGUCUGUUGGUUCCAUAACGUGCAAGCUGGUUCGUGCCCAGCCCAGACGCUCACGCUCUCAGCUACCUUUUCGGCUUGUGUUAGCAAAUGCAGACUGGGUUGGUACAGCGGGGUGCGGGGUUGCGCGUUGCUGGGCAGCAUCGGCGGAUUGCAGCGCCUCCCCGCGUUGGCGAGCAGCGAUCCUCUCAUAUUUGCAGCGCAAGUGCAUCUGCAAAUGUGGGGCCGUCGACGUCAGGCAAUGCUGGGCCACUUCAGCUCGCGCAAGCGGUGGGCUUGGUCCUUGACAACGCGCGCCGGGGCCUCGUCCUUAAGGCCCUGAAGGCGAAUCGGUCAAUGCGACGUCAAUUCGACAGCGCAAUCCUUGCCGACAACAGCUCGAUGGCACAGCCGGGUCUGGCUGUGCCCCUGCUGGCUGCGGGCUUAGCGAUUCCCCCGGUUCCCGGCAACGGGGUGGCUGACCUGCUCACCAACCGCGUCUUCCUGGUCGGCUUCUGGUCCUGGUUCUCUGCUCAGUUCCUCAAGAUAUUUACGAAACGUUUUAAGAAAGGCGUCUGGGACCUCGGGGCGAUGCUGGAGUCUGGCGGCAUGCCCUCCUCACACUCGUCCCUGUGCGCGGGCAUCACGACGGCCAUCGCCAUCCAGCAGGGGCUGGGCAGCCCCCUGUUCGCGGCCUGCCUGUGCUUCAGCGUCAUUGUCAUGUACGACGCCAUGGGUGUCCGGCGGCAUGCAGGCAAGCAGGCGGAGGUGCUGAACAAAGUGAUUGACGAGCUACUGGAUGACGACCACCCCAUGGGCGAGGUGAAGCUCAAAGAGGUGCUGGGGCACACGCCGCGCCAGGUGGUCUGCGGUGGCCUGCUCGGCCUGGCGGUGGGCCUGUUCUUCCCGGCGUGCUGAGCAGCAGGCGCCGCGCGAGCAGGCGGGUUACAGCCACAGGCAAGGAGGCGCAUGGUGGAACUUGGACCUGGAACCGAAAGCCGUAGCGGGCGAGGUGCACGGACGCGGUCACCGGAUGUGCACGUGGGUGUGCACCCAGGGUGCUCAGGCGUAGGGGCUUCGUCUCGUGUGAGGAGUGGUAAAAUCAUCGAUGCCGCGCUGCCUAGCUGGUGGUGGUGAUGGCCCUGUUGGGCGGCUUAGUGGAGAGCGUUGGCAGUACGUGCGCUCGUGUGAGCAGCGUAAGCGUCUUGGGGAAUGGGUCCGGUGUGGGAUGCGGAUUGGAGCUAGGCGUGGGCGUGCGCAUCGCACAACACGCGUGAGCCGUCUACGCUGGAUACGAUAGCGAAAUACGUGCCAUGGCAAUUACUGCCCUCCCUGAACCACCGUGGGAGAAUGGGAGGGAAGUGCGGAAACGCAUCGACGUCCCACGAGCGGAAAGGGACGGAGGGCGUCAUCAUGCGUGGCUUAGCCGGUAUAGUAUACUCGAAAUCCUCGGCAUUGUAUGUCUGUGCGUGUUAUCGGUUAGUGAGUGCGUUUGCGGAGAGGGGUUGAACUGUUUUGGGUGUCGUUGUGGAGGGGGCAUCGAGGCCUGCGUCGCUGAGUUUGCAUUCGCUACCGCCUCGCGUGGAAGCACCUGGUCUGCGACAGUGCGAAUCACUGCACCGCAAUGAAGAAAGACAGCAUUUCAUGAACUGCAGCUGUAAUCUGAG